AUGUUUAAGAAAUACGUCGAAGAGAAUCAGCUGUUCACGCGCCACGGCCAUGCGGCGAUGGCCGUGAUGGGUUGCGCCUGCGGCAUCGCGCUGGGCCUCGGUGCUGGCCUCGCGUUCCUCUCCGAAUCCGUGUGGGGCCUCGGAUGGUACCUCAUGUUCUUGGGCUUCUUCCAUUUCUCUGAGUACAUCUGCGUAGCGCUUUUCAACCCCAAGAUUUGUUCGGCCGAGUCUUUCCUUAUCAACCACAGCUUCGAGUUCAACGUCGCCAUGGCCGCCUCGUUCGUGGAGUACUUCGUUGAGCUCUGGCUGUUCCCUGGUCUCAAGACCUUCUCGCCCGUCAUCUACCUCGGCCUCCUCGGCGCCAUCUUCGGACAGGUCGUCCGCGUGGCCGCCUUGAUCACUGCUGCGCACAACUUUACCCACCAGAUUGCCGAGGACAAGAGGCCCGAGCACAAGCUCGUCACCGAGGGCAUCUACCAGUACGUGAGGCACCCCGGCUACUUCGGUUGGUUCUGGUGGUCCGUCAUGACCCAGGUGGUGCUCUUCAACCCCAUCUGCAUCGCGGGCUUCGCUGUGGCGUCGUGGAAGUUCUUCAGCGACAGGAUCCAGUACGAGGAGGCUACCCUGGUGGAGUUCUUCGGCGAUCAGUACCGAGCCUACAAGGCCAAGACCCCCACUGGCAUCCCCAUGAUCCCCUAA